AUGACCGCUCAAGACAACCAAACCACAAACCACUCGUCCGAGGAUCAGAAAUCCCAAUCCCAAUCCCAAUCCCAGCUCCCAUCAUGGUACCAGAAGAACGUCACCAGCAUCAACCCCGAAGCGCAACAUCUUCUCGAGUCGUACAGCGGCUUCAAGCCGGAGGAAGUCGUGCCGCAUGUUGUUGCUUUGCGCGAUGAAGCAUUCCAAGUCUACCACUACUCCUGCAUCGGCCAGAUGCGCUUCCUCUCCUUCAACCUCUCGCACAUGCCCUUCUGGCCGCGCGUGCUGGAGUGGCUGCGCUCUGACCCAGAGGCAGGCUUCCUAGACGCCGGGUGCUGUUUCGCGCAGGAGGUGCGGUUCCUCGCCAACCAGGAGGGCAUUUCCGACAGGCAGCUGUACGGGUGCGAUCUGGAGAAGGUGUUUAUCGACCUGGGCUACCGCCUCUUCCGCGACGAGGGCAAGCUGGCCGCGACGUUUGUGGUUGGCGACCUGGCGGUCGCGGACGACGACGUCUACGAGGCCAGCGACCUGGCCAAGACGCUGCGCGGCAAGAUGGACGUCAUCUUCGCCAGCUCGCUGUUCCACAUGUGGGACUAUGACGUCCAGCUGCGGGUUGCCCGCCGCAUGGUGGCCAUGUGUCGCGACCGCGAGGGCGUCAUGAUCACCGGCCGCCAGAUGGGCAGUCUCCUGGGCGGACGGUACCCGAUGACGGGGAUGAAAGAGGGCGGAAGCACCAACUACCGCCACAAUGUCGAAACUAUCAAGGGCUUCUGGCACGAUGUGGGCGAGGCGACCAAUACCCGCUGGACGGUCGAGGCCGACACCUACUGGGGCGAGGAGAUGGAACAGACCAAGAAUGCGCCCUGGGCGGAACCGAAUAUGCGGAUGAUCUGGUGGUGCGCGACGAGAAAGAAGUAG